UCCCUGCUCGUGGCUGUGGGCUGUCACUGUACUGAUAUGCCUGGCUUGCCAUCUCUCCGCAAAUAGGGCAGCCGCUGCUACCUGAUUGGUAUAACAUCUCACUUUCCUCGCAUCGCUCUCCUCGCUCGCCUCCUUGCUUCUUCAAAAGAGGGACUAGCGGCUGGCGCUGCGGACAGAGGAGCUUCCUUUUUAGUAUGAGACAAUCUCUGUUUUCUUUCUGGAGAGGGAAGUUGGACUCUCAAUUCUUUUGUAAAUGUGUAUGGUGAUAUUUGCUCCGCUUUUUGCAAUCUUUGCUUUUGCAACAUGCGGUGGCUACUCCGGAGGCCUGCGGCUGAGUGUGGACUGUGUCAACAAGACGGAAAGUAACCUCAGCAUCGACAUAGCCUUCGCCUAUCCCUUCAGGUUGCACCAGGUGACGUUCGAGGCACCCACCUGCGAGGGGAAGGGACGGCAGAAGCUGGCGCUGACCGGCGACUCCUCAUCCUCGGCGGAGUUCUUCGUCACGGUGGCCGUCUUUGCCUUCCUCUACUCUCUGGCUGCCACGGUCGUUUACAUUUUCUUCCAGAACAAGUACCGCGAGAACAACCGGGGCCCUCUGAUCGACUUCAUUGUGACUGUAGUUUUCUCAUUCCUGUGGCUGGUGGGCUCAUCUGCUUGGGCCAAAGGGCUGUCUGAUGUCAAAGUUGCGACAGACCCACAAGAAGUCCUGUUACUGAUGUCGGCCUGCAAGCAGCCGCCCAACAAGUGCGCCGCAGUCCACAGCCCCGUCAUGUCCAGCUUAAACACCUCUGUGGUCUUUGGAUUCUUGAACUUCAUACUCUGGGCUGGAAACAUCUGGUUUGUGUUCAAGGAGACCGGCUGGCAUUCCUCAGGACAGAGAUACCUUUCCGACCCGAUGGAGAAGCACGCGAGCAGCUACAGCCAGGGGGGGUACACCCAGGACAGCUACGGGUCAGGCAGUGGGUACAGCCAGCAGGCCAGCGUGGGGCCAUCCUCCGAGGAGUUUGGCCAGCAGUCCAGUGGCCACACUUCCUUCACCAAUCAGAUUUAACAGGGUAGCAUUUGCAUCCUUCCUGAGCUAGCCCCACCGUCCAUCUCCAUGGCAGAAAAGCAUGUAAGAGUGUGAAUCAAUUAUUAAUUCAGAGAGUGCUGAAUGUGAAUCAGAUCUGUAGACCUCACUAGCAGGCAGGCCUGGGUCGUGAUGAAGGCACUUAGAGGUGAGAGGUGCUGAGGGAAUACAUAUUCAUCCCAGAGGGUCAACUGGAGAGUCCCUUGUUAUAAACAUACUCUUUUAUGGUCAUUUGGGGUGUGUGUGUGUGUGUGUGUGUGUGUGUGUGUGUGUGUGUGUGUGUUGAAACAGUAGAAGCACUUUGUAGCUUAAAGUCUCUAGUGUGUUCCGUGAAUAAGGUAAAUUAAAUAGCGUUGAGUCUUCCUGUGCAUUCUGAUGCCGAUGUCUCGGUGAUUCCUAGAAGACGACGUGGCGUAUCACAGCAUGCCCGUGUUCUGGUUUCUUAGUUCUAAGCCCUGUAGCACUGCAAGUCCCUAUUUGUUUCAGAUGGUUACACUGUGUUUUUGACUUGAUGGUCAAUGCUCAUAUAAUUUAGUGCAUGAAUAAGCAUUUUUUCGAACAAUCAGCAUUUGAAUUGUAUUUAUGAACAUUUUCCAGUUUGCGCCAAGAAUUUGUUAAAUGAACACUUAAAGAAAUGCGCCUGUUCUCUACUGCACACACUUGGCGGCUUUGUCCCUGUCUCUACCCAAGUCCAGACUGCACUGUAACCAGGCUUCGGGGGCUUUCCUAUUAGUAGACGGUCAGUGCUAUGGCAAGUGCCCAGUGUCUAUUCUCCUUACUUAGCUGACUAGUAACACUCUUGUAACUUUCUGUGGUGUUUUGUGGCUAUGUCCUGUGGACCAUGGAUAAUAAGGCUCAAUACUUGUCUCUGCUUAGAGCUGAGUCUGCUUAGGCUACUUGGGGUGCAGAUGUGGGACGCUGCUGAGCUGAGAUGUCAGCCUAGAAGGGGCCUCGGUGGACCUCCACCGCGAGCAUGUGACUCCUGUUUACUGGUGGAACUAAUAUGUUUCUCCAGGCAAUUAUUAAAAAUUCUCAAGAAACAGAGCAAUGGAAUUACUAAUCCUAACUGGGACAUCACCCCUAAAUUAAAAGUGGCUCCCAGUACUGCAAAGAACGCUCUCAUAAAAUAGCCCCCAGAAUCCAUGCAUUAUCAAGAAAAUGCCAGUCUUUGCCUUUUCGUUUUAAUCCAACUAAAACACCAGAGUCAGCAGGGAGGGCAAGCCGAGCGCCUGCAUUUCCACCCAACAGUCGCUCUCGAUGUGCAACCUGCCGUGUGACCUUGAGCUUGGAAGCACUCGAGCACAAAGCCACUUUGUCGUAGACGAUGUCUGUAACCAGUUCCUUGACCUGUUGGAUAAAUCUGU